AUGUGCUUGGCUGACCGGCAGACGGGCGGAGGCGGGCAGAAAGGGAACGAGGAGAGACGAGGCGAAGGGGCAGAGGGGGAGGAGGGAAAGCGGAGAGAGAAUGGAAGUGUUAGCGGUGUAGAGGCGGAGGUGAAGGGAGGCGGAGCAGAGUCAGUGUCUGGUGGAGCGAUUAUAGGCCCAAGCCGCAGUGCAGGCAGGCAUGAGGGCGGCAAUGGGGGCGGCAAUGGGGUGGAUGCGAUGGGCAAGGGCAGGAAGAGGGGUGGAGAUGGCGAUGGCGUUGAGAGCGGUGAGAAGAGGCAGAGAGGGGAUGGGAACGAGGGGAAGCGCGGAGCAGCCUAUGCCUGGGCGUCCUCCUCGCCAUGCCCUGGUGUGCGCCUCUCCUCCCCCCUACCCUCCUCUGUGCCAACCCCCCAUCCCACUCUCGCUCUGCCAUUCGCGCUCAGUGCCACGUCAGCAGCGUCUGACGUGGACGCCAUCCUGAUCUCGAGCCCCGAGGGCCUUCUGGGCGUGCUUGUGCUGCUGCGCCAUCACCGCCAGCACCACGCCCACCGCCCCCCCCCCAAGGUGUGCCAGGGUUCGGCACGAGCACUAAGGCAGGCGAGUAAGAGACAGGUGGUGUGCACAGAGGCUGCUCUGCGCAUCGCCAGGCUGGCAGCCAAGGAGAGGGCGGCACUGGUGCAGGGGAGGGGCGUGCUGGCGGAGGGUGCAGACCAAGGCUCGUGCACUCUCACGCUGGCCCAUCUCUUUGCCUUCUCAUCCGCCCUCGUGUGCAUCGCCCCGCCACAGCCACAUAAUCAAGCACUGCACACGCACUGCUCACCUCACUCAACUGCACGUUUUCCUCUCCCUGCCGCGGAGGCGCAUGCCUCACAGCAGGUCUUGUGCUUCGGUCGCCUCCCUGCCAUCACCAUCCUGCUGCCUUCACUACAAGACCUCACCCUCGAACUCCUUGCGCUUCUUCCCACCUCUCUGCUCUUCCCCCCAUCGUCCCCCUCCUUCACUCCCUCCUCUCCCUACUUUCCUUCUCCCCCCCAAUUCCCAUUCUCCGUAUUCCUUAUCCAUGCCAGCAGCGAAAGUGAGGAGCUGGCAUCAUUAGCGAGUGUGAGGGGAGUGAGGUGGGGGGAGGGGGUGGGUGUGGGUCCGGGCGUGACAGCCACUCCAGCUGCCUCGGGAGGCCCUCUUGGCUCUGCCUCCUGGUCGCUCCUUUACUCCGCUCACUCGCCCUCCCACACCUCCCAUGCAUCACACCCUUUCCACACCUCCUACCCACACACCUCUGUCCCCGCCUCACAUCUCUUCUCUCAACAACCGCUCUCAUCCAUCUCGCAUCCCUCCACUGACCCUUCCGCCGCUCCCUUCGCCUCUCACUCCACCGCUUCAACCGCUCCCUCCUCCAACUGCUGCCACCUCGCCCUCCUCUUCCCAUCGCUGCCCUACAAAACUCUCGCUGCUCCACCACAGCUGGAGCCAAUAAUAUCUUGCCUCGUGGCAGCUCUAUGUGGGCCCACGUCAGCCAGCUCUGCUGACAGUCACGCAUGGACAGAAGACACCAAGGAGGGGAGGAAGGCAAGGGUGGGGGAUGCGGAGCAUGGGAAGGGGCAUGAUGGCAGGCCGUGGGGGCAGGUGGCACAGGGAGGGCGAGUGGUGGUGCCGUGCUCCCCGCUGGGCCCCUCCCUGGACGUCCUGCUCGCCCUGCUCUCGCCCUCCCACUCACCACCAGGCCCACCAGCACAAUCAGCAGCAGCAGCUGCAGCAGCAGCAGCAGCAGCAGCAGCAGCAGCAGCAGCAGCAGCAGCAGCAGCAGCAGCAGCAGCAGCAGCAGCAGCAGCAGCGCCAUCACCCCAUGUGGGAGUGGGAGUGCCGGUGGUGUACCUGUCGCCGGUGGCCAAGCAGGCGCUCUCCCUCGCCUGCAUCCUGCCUGAGUGGAUGCACCCCCGCGUGCAUGAUAGACUCUUCUCAGGCCAGCCCAUCCACGCCAUCAGCAGCGCCCUCCUCUCCCACCCCUCCACCAACCACAACACCAAACCAGUUUCCUCCUUUGCUGACGCACAUGGUGACUCCAGCAUGGGGGUGCGCAUGGUGGAGCUGCCAGGAGCCGUGGUGUUCCUGCCCUCUCCUCCCCCUCUGCCCUCUCCUCCCCCUCUGCCCUCUCCUCCCCCUCUGCCCUCUCCUCCCCCUCUGCCCUCUCCUCCCUCUCCUCCCUCUCCUCCCUCUCUUCCCUCUCCUCCCUCUCCUCCCUCUCCUCCCUCUCCUCCCUCUCCUCCUUCUCCUCAGACUCCCACCAACGAGCUCUCCCCGCCACCCACCCCACCAACCCUCUUUCUGGGCACGGCAGUGGAUAUGAUUCACCUGUGGGGCGGCGACAGCCGUGAUCUUCUGCUGUUGCUCGAGACUCAUCCGGAGGAUGUGCCAAUCACCAUCUCGCCCUGUCAGCCGCUUGCCAUGCACGUCGCCACGUGCUGCCUGCUACCCUCUCACAGGCGGUCAGGCACACCGCUGCCACGGGCCCUUGGUGCAGCUGCCACGGACCACAUGCAACAGAAUGCUACUGCGGCAGGAGGCAUGCCCAUUGCAAUGACUGGAGCACUCAAGGCCGUGCCUGCGGGGCAUGGGGAGCACGUGGGGGAUGGGGAGGGAGCAGGGGGGGAUGGCAGAGGAGGCGUGGCAGUGGGCGGGUCAGGCAGUGUGAAGGAGCUCAUCAGCAGCAUUCCACGGCUGCAGCAUCUCAUAGUGAGCUCCGUAGCGUUCAUCAAUCAAGGGCCUGUGCUGCGCGUUGGGAGCUCCCUUUCACCAGCUCAUAUGAUUCCCUUCCACUUCCUCUCCUCUGCCCCUCUCCUUUCUUUCCGCCACUCUCCUUUCUCUUUUCCCCUCUCCCUCCUUCAUCUCUUCCCCUCUUCUUCCUCUCCACCCCUCUUCUUCCUCUCCGCCCCUCUUCUUCCUCUCCACCCCUCUUCUUCCUCUCUGCCCCUCUCCUUACCCUCCGCCCCUCUCCUUACCCUCCGCCCUUCUCCUCACUCACCUCCCCUCUCCUUACUCACCGUCCCUCUCCUUACUCACCGCCCCUCUCCUCUCUCUCCCCCCCUCUCCUUUCUCUCCCCCCCUCUCCUCUCUCUCCCCCCCUCUCCUCUCUCUCCCCCCCUCGUAUUUCUCUCCCCCUUCACCUUCCCCACCGCCCCUCUCCACAGGUCCCAGAGUCCCUCCACGCCCACCUCGCAGCAGGCCUCCCGGCAGCCAUCGCUGUGCACCCUCUCAGCACCGCCAGCUGCCAGCAUCCCCAUUAAGCACCACGCGCUCAUCACGCUCACUGCCAUCCGUCUUGGAACCCACUGGGGCGAUCCCUGGCACAUCUGCACUGCUGUCUCCAUCGGCCAGGGUCGGUCAAGUGGCGUUAGCAACAGAGGCGGUGAUACUGCCGCGCAGCGUGAUGCGUUUCACUUUGAUGGUGGAGUAGAAGGCGGUGGGAUUCGAGAAGAACCCCGCAUCCACCAGCGGCUUGGGCCUGUUCACCGGCCUGAACGGCACGGUGAUGUUGGCCAGAGAACUGGCGGUGCAACGGUAGGUGCCAAUGCCGCUCUCAGUGGUGCCGCUCUCAGUGGUGCCGCUCUCAGUGCUGCUGAUCCCAGUGGUGCCGCUCCCAGUGGUGCUGCUCGCAGUGCUACCGCCGCUUAUGCUAGAUCCGCCGCCCGACACAACGAUGGAGCCUCCAGUGCCGCCAGCAUUCCUGGUGCUGCCCAUGCUGACGGAGCCGGAGCUGCUGCCAGUACUGCUUUUGUUGCUGUCGGGGACGGUGCUUACAUCUCCGAUAACGAGAGCUUCGUCAGGACUGACCAUGCUGCCGCCGCCGCUGCUGCCCGUGGUGCUGCCCUUGGUGGUGACCGUUUGGGACAGGAGGCCGUCGCUCGCAUCCAGGAGCUCUCGCCGCACGGCGCCGCCCGCUGCGCAGCAGAGGGAGAACGAGAGCACUGCUGCCAAGGGGAGGGGUUUGCGGGAGUCAGUGUAGCGAAGCAUGGGGGAGUCAGUGUAGCGAAGGGGGAAACAGGGAAGUGCGGAGGAGAUUUGGGCAGGCCCAUGUGUGGGGUUAUCGAUGAUGCACUCCCGCCCGCGCGCGAUACCUUGUCCCCGGAAGACUCAUCAUGA